CCUUGCAUGUGAACCACCAACAAUUUGUUCCCAACUCGUGUUCGCGACAUUGGAAGGUUGUUGUUAUACGCAGAGCUUACCUUGUCCAAUUUCAACCGCACCCUGAGAGAAUAAAGGUCUGUGGUGACUGCGUUGUUCCGUCUCUCUUGCGCGGCGACGGCGCCUACCUCAAAUGAACACACAAUAACAGCAACCCUCUUAAACGUCCGACUAGAAAGAAACCUUCCUCUGCAAGGUUCCUCUCGAUCCGACGAAUCUUCUCACCUGGCACCAUGGCCGACCAAGAGCAAGACUAUUCUCAGCUCCCGCUGCCUGAGCGGUUCGCACACAAGAUAUGGAAAGUGCGGAAGGAAGGGUACGAAGCCGCUGCAAAACAAUUCGAACUCACUGGCGAUGAGUCGGACCCCGCGUUCAGACCCUUCUUACAAGACCCGGCACUGUGGAAAUCCGCUGCAGGAGACUCGAAUGUUGCUGCUCAACAGGAAGGUCUUGGGGCACUGUGUGCUUUCUUGAAGUACGGAGGCCAACAAGCGGCGGUCAAGUCUCGCAAUUACACUCUACAGCCCAUUUAUGAGAAAGGCUUAUUAUCAACACGACCGCAAGCGAAAGCGAGUGCCCUCGAAGCACUGCUCCUGUACAUCGAACUUGACAAGUCGGACCCAGUCAUCGAGGAACUCCUGCCUGCCCUCUCUCACAAACAACCGAAAGUCAUUGCCGCAACCCUCAACGCCAUUACCGCUAUUUUCCACAACUAUGGUGUCAAAAUUGUCGAGCCUAAGCCUGUGUUAAAAGCAUUGCCGAAAGUGUUUGGGCAUGCCGAUAAGAAUGUUCGAGCAGAGGCUCAGAAUCUUACCGUUGAACUGUAUCGGUGGCUGAAGGAGGCCAUGAAGGCCAUAUUUUGGGGGGAAUUGAAACCAGUGCAACAGCAAGACCUCGAAAAACUGUUUGAAAAAGUCAAAGAAGAGCCAGCACCCAAACAAGAACGUCUGACGAGAGCGCAACAAGCCGCCCAAGCUUCCGCACCGGCAGCAUCUGGUGGUGACUUUGAUGAAGAUGAGGGUGGAGCUGAAGAAGAAGAGGUCGAAGUCGAUGCUUUUGAUCUUGCAGAGCCCGUCGACGUCCACUCGAAGAUACCGGGUAAUUUCUAUGAGAUGAUUGCUUCGACCAAGUGGAAAGAACGCAAAGAAGUUCUCGAUACACUAUUCGACAGUCUGAAUACUCCGAGGAUCAAAGAAGCACCCUUUGACGAGCUAAUACGGGCUCUCGCGAAAUGCAUGAAAGACGCCAACAUUGCUGUCGUCACGGUUGCAGCCAAUUGCGUGGAGAAAUUAGCGCUGGGUCUGAAGAGAGGAUUUGCGAGAUACCGCUCGUCUAUCAUGUCUCCGAUGAUGGACAGAUUAAAGGAAAAGAAACAGUCAGUAUCAGAUGCUCUCGGUGCCGCUCUAGAUGCAGUCUUCGCUUCGACUUCUUUAUCAGAUUGUCUUGAAGAGACCUUGGGCUUUCUCCCGAACAAGAACCCCAAUGUCAAGGCCGAGACCAUCAAAUUCCUCUCUAGAUGUCUACGGACUACCCGCGACGUACCUUCAAAAGCCGAGCAGAAACUUAUUGCAGAUGCGGCGACCAAAUUACUAACGGAGUCGAAUGAGGCGAUCCGGUCUGGAGGUGCAGAGAUCCUGGGCAUUCUGAUGAAGAUCAUCGGAGAGCGCGGGAUGAACCCAUACCUCGAUGGGCUAGAUGAUAUACGCAAAGCCAAGAUCAAGGAAUUCUUCGACACCGCCGAAGUCAAGGCCAAGGAGAAGCCGAAGCCUGCGCCUGCGCCUGCGCCUGCAAAGUCAGCCCCUGGUGCUGGAAAGAAACCAACUGUUGGUGCAAAGAAGCCAGUGACCAAGAAGCCCUCUCCGACUGCUGCUCCAACGGUAGAAGACUCGGCGCCUCUUCAACCAAAGCCUACAGCUAAAGCGCUGCCCAAGCCUGGCGGUCUGGCACGCCCUGGUCUAGCACAGCCGUCAACUCUGAAACUUGGAGGUCUCAAAAAGCCUGGAGCUGGUCCCAUGCCGAGUGGCGUGGCAAGUCCUAGUCGACGCGUUAUGUCUCCACCUAUGAGCACAGAUGAUGAAGAUGUUGCUGCCCCUUCCCCCUCCAAGUUUGGCAUGGGUCGUGGCGGGCUUGCAGGACGGCCGCUGUCAAGACCUGCUGUGGCCCCUCUGUCACCUCCAUCGGCACCACCUCCGCUGACUGGUCUCUCGGCUAUCGAACGUGCCGAGCUAGAAGAGUUACGAGCAGAAAAAGAACGUCUAACUGCACUUAGCGACAGUCUCCGAAGCAGCAAUGCCAAGCUGACCGCCGAGAUCUCAGAACUGCAGAACCAAAACGCACAGUUAAUAGAAGACCAUACAAGAGAUGUGCUGCAGAUCAAAGCAAAGGAGACUCAGCUCGUACGAGCACGAGGUGAGGUCGAUGUACUAAAGGCUGAGGUUGAAAGCGUGCGGAAAGAAAGUGAACGAUACAAGCGUGAAGUGUCCAGGUUGGGUCGGGAAAGCAUUGGUCGAGAGCGAGAAGACUUGACGCGCGGACGAGUGGAUGAUGGUCCAAACUAUGGCGUCGAAAGCGGCGGCAUCUAUGAAGACUCGACGAUUCAUCGCUACCCAGCCAAUGGAAAUGUUUCAAGACCUACGAGCAGCACUCUACAGAGAACAGGAAGCGCGGCAAGCUCGCAGGGUAGUCGAGCGCCCGGUACCAAACCUCGACCCCAGAGUGGCUAUACUCUCAGUCCCAGCGAGGAGAAAGAGAAUGGUGGUCUUGAUCCGAUGGCUGCUAGGAGGAAGAUGAGUCCGCCUGUUAACAAUAUGGCGAAUGGAAGUGGUCGAAGUAGUCCUCAACGACCUACCUUGGCAAGUAGGGAGGCCAGUGAUGCUGGAAGUGUUGGCUCUAGGGAACCUCGUGCAGAAGAGAACUGGAAGCGAGCAGCCGAGGUUACGAGCCAACUCAAGGCUAGAAUCGAGGCUAUGAAGGCACGACAAGGUUUGGCUCGACCUUAGUUUCUGUUCGGAAGGCCAGAUGGGUGUCCCUCUGUCUUGGGGUGCACUUAUCGCGCUGGGAUAUUGAGGUGCUUUGUCUUUUUGGAUUGCAAGGCGUAUGUCGAGACCAAAGCAGCUUCAUGACGCUUGGUAUCGGCCCACGAAACCCUCACAUUGUUCGGGAGUUUUCAACGCAGGUGCUUGCAGCUUUGAAUCUUGUAUGAAGUUUUUCCCUUCGAGAUACCACUUUUUGCUCUCUGCACUGUUUGGCUGCCUUGUGGGUUCUGGAGGUUUGCGUUUGCGAUCAACGAUGGCGAGAUCGGGAGCGAGAAAGUCGCAGACACAGACGUACGAAAAGACUGGGCAGGCAAGGAAGGUCUGUUUGGUCAGGCAGGGGUUUCUCUUGAGUGCACUGACUCCGUAAUGUAUAUGGUACCUUUGGAAAUGAUGAUG